UGCAGAGAGGCAGAGAUAGGCAACUUCAGUCUCACUCUGUGGGACAGCUAAACUCACAGACACCAGGCUUGAGCGGGCACUAAACAGAAGAAAUGAAAAGCGCUUACAUCUGCCGGCUUAUAACCACAACACCAGACUGGCAGAGAACAAGAGACAUUGCAUGUUAGAAGACCAGUGAGACAGUCAUUAGACUAUCUGCAACUUAAUACUUCUGGCUACUCAGUCACUGGGGUGAGCAAAAAGUAACACGAUUGUUCUGUGCAGACAAACCCUCCUGACACUGUCAUCCAGGUGCUACAGCCAAGCUCUGUGAGUGAAGAAGAGAUAACCAGACACAUUUAUUUACUGCAGACACAUAGAACAAUCUCUCUGAUAAGUCUACAGUGCUAAACCGCUGACUAAGUAGACAGAAAAAAGUGAGGCACAAUGCUCUUGUUCCUCCUCCUAGUCAUUCCUCAGUUGUCCAGCGGUGAGCUUGGAGAACAUGAUGCACUGUGUGGUCCAGGUGAUGCAUGCUACGCCCUUUUCUACCAGCGCAAAGGAUUCCUAGAGUCUUGGAGGGCUUGUAGAGACCGUGGUGGAAAUUUAGCCACAAUAAAAAAUGUCCAAGAAGCUGCUCUUGUGGAACAACUUUUGACCUCAUCGACAAGUUUUCGUGGUGAUGGCGAUUUAGUCCAGCUAAGAAUUUGGAUUGGUCUUCAGCGCCAACCCAGGCAGUGUGCACCUCUGAAACCUUUACGUGGAUUCACUUGGACCACUGGGGACCAAGAUACAGCCUACACUAACUGGGUGAACCAGCCAGUACAUGCAGGGUCUCCAGGUUUAUGUUCUGCACCCCGGUGUGUUGCUAUAGGUGUGGGCUAUGGCAAACCAGAGGAUGACUUCAAAUGGCUGGAAGGGUCCUGUACUUUGCCUGUUGAUGGCUUUCUGUGCAAGUUCCGCUACCAAGGGAUGUGCCCAGCACUUUCAGAGGGUGCUGUACUCUACACUGCUCCAUUUGGCUACCAAGGAAACUGGCUAGAUCGCCUUCCUUUUGGUUCUGUUGCAAAGGUAACUUGUGAAGGACAACAGCAGGAUGUAUCAGUGCUUUGCAUACUGAAACAAGAUGGCACUGUGGGGUGGCACAUAAAUGAGCCAUUGUGCCAACCUUAUGAUACCAUGAAGUGCAGUAUGUGCCAACAACUGUGUGAUGAAAGAGGCGUUUGCUCUUGUAAGGAAGGGUAUAUUUUACAACCUGAUGGGCACUCUUGUGAACCAGAAACAGAAAUGAGCUUUGAAGAACAUAAUCCUGCACAAGGAUGCCCAUGUCAAUACCAGUGUGUAGGCCUCAACAAGGAUGGUACAGGAUACCAGUGCAUAUGCCCAGAGGGAUACCAACUGGCAACUGAUGGGCACAGUUGUGAAGAUAUAGAUGAGUGUGAGGAUGGAGAGGAAGGAGAGGAAGGGCCAUGUGAACAUGCUUGUCAGAAUGCCCCUGGGUCAUAUGUCUGCUCCUGUGACCUUGGGUUCACCGUCUCAGAAGAUGACCCUGCACGAUGUGUGGAUGUGGAUGAGUGCCGUAUUGCCCGAGUGUGCAAACAAAUGUGUGUUAACUACGUGGGUGGGUUUGAAUGUUUCUGUAGUGAGGGUUAUGAAUUAGAUGUAGAUGGUGUGAGCUGUAAGUCAGCUGGGCAUAGGGAGGUUAGCUAUGAGCCGCAAACACCUGUGUCCACAUCAGAGGAAUUUAGCGAGGAAGAGACAGGCAUUUGGUACCCACAGCCUGUUGAUACAGCAGAAGGAUUUGAGUCAGAAUGGAAGAUGACAGGUACAACCACUGGAGGGAGAGAAGGGAGGUGGGAUUCACAUCAGCCUACUGGCGGAGAGUGGGGUUGGACAGAGAAUGUGGAAAGCUGGGAAGAGGAGACUACAGCAGGGCCUGAAAUAACCAAACCCACAACAAGGCCUUUUAUAUUUAAGUGGGAAGAGAGUGAGGAGAAGACUACAGAGCCACCUGUAGAUGAGUGGGCUGACAUAACUCCCUCUGUGUUGGUAUGGGAGGAGGAUGAAGCACCUGCAUCCUCAACCACUGCUGUGCCAACCCAUACAAUUCCAUUUGUGGUUAGUUGGGAGGAGGACAAAACAAUGGAAGAUGAUACAAUAAUAGAGGAAGCUUACACAACAACCUUACCAGCAAAAACUUCUCCUCCAUCAACAACUAUGGCACCAGUACCUCCCACAACCAACAUACCAUUAGACAAAGUCACUGCUGCUGCCUGGCCUGGAGUUAAGGUAACUACAUCUUCAACAGAACAAUAUAGAAAUUUGCCAGAUGAAAGAACAUUGUCCCCAAAGAGAUUUAUAGUAAUUGAAACUUCUCCAACCACAAUUGUUGCCAAAGAGAAAAUGGAUGAAGUUUUAGCAACCAAACCUACACCUAGAAUUCCCCUCCCCAAGAACACCCGUAAGACAAUACCUACUAUGCACCCUUCUGUUUCCCCUCUUCCAGCACAAGAAACAAAAGGGAAGAGAGAUACCCGGUGGCUUGCGGUAGCUUUGCUGGUUCCCCUGUGCAUUUUUCUGGUUAUCAUGUUAGCUUUUGGCAUUGUUUACUGCACCCGAUGUGGAGGAGACAGCAAACCCCGCAGUGUUACUGACUGCUAUCACUGGGUCACUGGGGGAGGGUCUGGGAAAGGACCUGCACCAUCUGGGGUGGAGACACCUUCCUGCAGAACAGGAGUUUGAGAGAAGAUAGAGAUGAAUGUGUAAAGUUUCCAGAGUGCUGGACUAGGAAAUAUUUUGGAUUUAAUAUUGGGAACUCUGGGUAUAUUAUUAAACACUGAGUGCUAACGGCACUCAGGUUUGUUUCUGUCUGCUCCUCCACUAUCUUAGAUGUGUCUGCCUUCUUCUAUGUUAGCCAUGUCCCUCUUCUCUUUCAUUUUCAAUUCAUUCACAGUUGUCCUUUCAUGUUGUCGGUCAGUUUCAUAUAGCUAUCUAGACUACUUGACCCAUUGCCUCAUGUCCUGUCUCUGAUGUCUUCUUACCUCUUCUUAACAGGACCUCUAUCUACUUCCCCUCUCUCAGGUGUAUUUACCCUUCUAGUUACUGCCUAUAGUUAUUUACCUUCUAACAUAUUCACCUUCAAAUAUUUAUCUUUCUUGACUUUCCACAUACCAUUCUCUCAUAUGUCGCUCUUCCUCCUCACACAUAUCUUUCUGCUCCCUCUGAUACUUGUCUAUCUUCAUGUCCCUCUCUCAUGUUAGCUUAUACAUCUCAUUCCUCCCUCGUGCAUCUUUCUCUGUGCUUCUGUAACACUUGCCUGUCUACUCAUAAGUAUCUGUCUCUCAAUGUCUGAGACUCCUCCACUUAUCUCACCUAUCCAUCUUCCCUUUUUACUUGCCCACAUACCUCUCUUACAUAUCUACCUACCCUUCUCACAUGGACAUAUACUACCCCUUCUGACACAUACAGCUACCCUUCUGAUAAAUCUACCUACCCCUCUCACAUGUACAUAUACUACCUCUCUGACAUAUAUUGCUACCCUUCUCACAUGUACAUAUACUACCCCUCUGACAUAUAUAGCUACCCUUCUCACAUGUACAUAUACUACCCCUCUGACACAUACAGCUACCCUUCUGACAUAUAAAGCUACCCUUCUGAUAUAUCAACCUACCCCUCUGACACAUACAGCUACCCUUCUGACAUGGACAUAUACUACCCCUCUGAAAUAUAUAGCUACCCUUCUGACAUAUCUACCUACCCCUCUGACACAUACAGCUACCCUUCUGACAUUACUACCUACCCCUCUGACAUAUAAAGCUACCCUUCUGAUAUAUCAACCUACCCCUCUGACACAUACAGCUACCCUUCUGACAUGGACAUAUACUACCCCUCUGAAAUAUAUAGCUACCCUUCUGAUAUAUCAACCUACCCCUCUGACACAUACAGCUACCCUUCUGACAUGGACAUAUACUACCCCUCUGAAAUAUAUAGCUACCCUUCUGACAUAUCUACCUACCCCUCUGACACAUACAGCUACCCUUCUGACAUUACUACCUACCCCUCUGACAUAUAAAGCUACCCUUCUGAUAUAUCAACCUACCCCUCUGACACAUACAGCUACCCUUCUGAUAAAUCUACCUACCCCUCUCACAUGUACAUAUACUACCCCUCUGACAUAUAUAGCUACCCUUCUGACAUAUCUACCUACCCCUCUGACAUAUACAGCUACCCUUCUGACAUUACUACCUACCCCUCUGACAUAUAAAACUACCCUUCUGAUAUAUCUACCUACCCCUCUGACACAUACAGCUACCCUUCUGAUAAAUCUACAUACCCCUCUCACAUGUACAUAUACUACCCCUCUGACAUAUAAAGCUACCCUUCUGAUAUAUCUACCUACCUCUUUGACAUAUACAGCUACUCUUCUGACAUAUCUACCUACCCUUCUCACAUGUACAUAUACUUCUGUGACAUAUCUACCUACACCUCUGACAUAGCUACCUACCCUUCUCACAUGUACAUAUACUUCUGUGACAUAUCUACCUACACCUCUGACAUAGCUACCUACCCUUCUCACAUGUACAUAUACUUCUGUGACAUAUCUACCUACACCUCUGACAUAUCUACCUACCCUUCUGACAUAUCUAUUUCUUCUUCGCCCCCUUAUCAUAAGGUCAUAUACCUCUGUGACAUAUCUGUCUGAUCUCUCACAUAUGUGUCUGCCUUCUCAUCUUGCUGUGUAGACCUCUGGAUUUAUCUACUCCUUACCUGUACCAUAUGCCCUAUUUUAUGUGUGUGUCAGUCUUUUACUGUCAUUCCUCUCUGCCAUUCCUUCUUGUAGAAUAAACCCUUUCCUUACCAUGAGGCAGGUUAAGCAGACACAAUUACAAAUGGGCACUCUCUGGGAUUAAUUAUGAUCCAAAGACUGGUGAAUAUCUGUGCAGAAAGAGUAGGGGAAAAAAACAUCAGAAAGCCAAGCUUUGUUCUUCUUACUGUCUUCUAAUAUAUAUUGUAACCACAAGUAGAUACAUAGAAUGCUAACACAUGUUCUCUCGACAUCUGUAUUUGUAUAUAGUUUUUUUCCUCCUUUUGAGACAAAACAGAUAUGUUGGCCUCUGAUCACCCUAAGGAACAUAGUGUAUGUUUUUUUGCCAAAAGGUAAACCAACCCCAGCAGGGAUUUGGAAACUAUGUGUAUUCAGAUUUUAACCACUGUAACACUAAAUUUGGUAGGUUUUCUGGACUGAUGGGAAGAUCAGUUAUAUAAUGAGGAACUAGGGGUUAAUUUACCCUUCUCGUUGUGUGAUUGAGCAUAAACAUAUUAGGCUAACAAUUAACCCCCAUAAAUUUAGUAAUUUAAUUUCCAAGUGAUCUUCAAUCCCAUAGGCAGGUCAACCUCAUAAACAGUGGUCAUUACAGAAGGUUGAAGGUGGCUUCACUCUGCACUAAUGUCCCUUAGAUGUCUUAGCUACAACAUAUAUGGUCCAAGUUGGUUACAAAUGAGAAAAUGUCAGGGACCUAGAAUUGUCUUUAUGAGACCUGAGAUAUCAGCUGAAUGUCCCUUCCAGGUGUUUUUUCUGGAUUCCCUGUGUAGUUUCUUUAGCUCUGGGCAUUGCUUAGACAUAGUCAACACAAUCACUUAACAUUCAUCCAUCUUCUAUCUGUAUUUUUUGUUGAAUACUGUGCUCUAGGAUAUUUCCAUAUGUGUCCCUAAGAGUCUUAUACUGUUAUACAAAGUGUUAGUUGGAGGAGCUAUUGAGAGUGAUCACAAAACAAGAAACUCAAAAAUACUACAACAGCCCAAAGUCUAAAAAAAAAAAAAAAUAUUGUUAGAUAUGAACAUUAGGGCUAAGACAGUGCCCUUAAAUAAUAUAAUCUGAUAAUUUUAUUCAUAGCUGUUUGUGUUACAGAUGGUACUUUCAUUUAUGCUUGAAUCAGCCAAGUUGUUGGAUAUACACCAAAGUGAUGUCAGGAUCUGAGGAUAAGUGAUAUUGUGAGAAUCUGCAGAAAUAACUACAUGUACCUUUAUUGUGAAAGGCUAUGCGUUAUAAAUUAUCCUAAUUGUCUAACAAACUCCUGGCACUUGCAUGAACUUUAUAAAUGGGUAGAACCUAGCAGAUGACUGUUUUGGUGCAUUCUUAAGUAAAAAAAAACAACACAACAUGAAAGAGCUGUUGUUCUUAGUCAGAUCUUGUCCUUUACUUUGUCAAGCAAUUAGGGUUAUAUAUUUUUUUUAUGAAAGACUAUUAGCGUGUUAAAGGGGUCAGUGUUGAAUUUGUUCAUUUGUAUUAACAUUGAAUUCUCUUGUUCUACCAAUGUGGGGUUAAAUAGAAUGUACUUUGCCAAAUAAAUGUUACCCACCGUCUUAGAGAACUCAGGGGACACUUACCCAGCUGUUUUGGGGUGUGGUGCUGUUAAUAAAGGGGUAACAAACCUCCUUCUACUAUAAUACACCAUCUCUGCACUGUUUAACCCUUUGUCUGCCAGAGAGGUGUGCACUACAUCCCUCAGUUCUAGCAGUUAAUGGGUUAUUGUGCUGACUUCAUUACAGUCUGAAUAUAAACGAUUCCAUUUGCAUAGAAGAGGACAUUAGGGGUAUCUGUGUGUUUAGUUAACCCUGUGAUUGCUGGAGUGUUCUGGGCAGUGCAGUGCAUUGAGCUGGGUCUCUUGCUUCAGUCGAUUUGUUAAUUUACUGUUUAAUAUUAUUUUUAAACCCUUGUUACUGCCAGUGGGGUCUGCAAUACUGUGUGUGUUAUAUACAGAAUAGUGAGUGGUUCUCUGUACACAGGACUGUGCUUUAUACAGAAAGCAGAACACAGAAAGCUGUGUGUUACAGGGAGCAGACCACUUUACAAUAAGCUGUCUGUUAUACAGAGAGGAGAACACACACAAUGUUCUUCCAUGAGACAAUUAUUAAGCACAUCCGCUGCAUAAAACAACUUAGGUACUGGUAAAGCUUUAGUGAAUCAGUUACAUAGAAUAACAUAGGAACUGGUGAAGCUGGAGAGGCUGUAGGGAGCUUUAGUGAAUCAGUUACAUAGAAUAACAUAGGAACUGGAGAUGCUGGAGGGAGCUUUAGUGAAUCAGUUACAUAGAAUAACAUAGGAACUGGUGAAGCUGGAGAGGCUGGAGUGAGCUUUAGUGAAUCAGUAACAUAGAAUAACAUAGGAACAGGUGAGGUUGGAGAGGCUGGAGGGAGCUUUAGUGAAUCAGGUACAUAGCAUAACAUAGGAACUGGUGAAGCUGGAGAGGCUGGAGUGAGCUUUAGUGAAUCAGUUACAUAGAAUAACAUAGGAACUGGUGAAGCUGGAGAGGCUGGAGGGAGCUUUAGUGAAUCAGUUACAUUGAAUAACAUAGGACCUGGUGAAGCUGGAGAGGCUGGAGUGAGCUUUAGUGAAUCAGUUACAUAGAAUAACAUAGGAACAGGUGAAGCUGGAUAGGCUGGAGGGAGCUUUUGUGAAUCAGUUACAUAGAAUAACAUAGGAACUGGUGAAGCUGGAGAGGCUGGAGGGAGCUUUAGUGAAUCAGUUACAUAGAAUAACAUAGGAACUGGUGAAGCUGGAGAGGCUGGAGGGAGCUUUAGUGAAUCAGUUACAUAUAAUAACAUAGGAACUGGUGAAGCUGGAGAGGCUGGAGGGAGCUUUAGUGAAUCAGUUACAUAGAAUAACACAGGAACUGGUGAAGCUGGAGAGGCUGGAGGGAGCUUUAGUGAAUCAGUUACAUAGAAUAACACAGGAACUGGUGAAGCUGGAGAGGCUGGAGAGAGCUUUAGUGAAUCAGUUACAUAGAAUAACACAGGAACUGGUGAAGCUGGAGAGGCUGGAGAGAGCUUUAGUGAAUCAGUUACAUAGAAUAACAUAGGAACUGGUGAAGCUGGAGAGGCUGGAGGGAGCUUUAGUGAAUCAGUUACAUAGAAUAACAUAGGAACUGGUGAAGCUGGAGAGGCUGGAGAGAGCUUUAGUGAAUCAGUUACAUAGAAUAACACAGGAACUGGUGAAGCUGGAGAGGCUGGAGGGAGCUUUAGUGAAUCAGUUACAUAGAAUAACACAGGAACUGGUGAAGCUGGAGAGGCUGGAGAGAGCUUUAGUGAAUCAGUUACAUAGAAUAACACAGGAACUGGUGAAGCUGGAGAGGCUGGAGGGAGCUUUAGUGAAUCAGUUACAUAGAAUAACACAGGAACUGGUGAAGCUGGAGAGGCUGGGGGAGCUUUAGUGAAUCAGUUACAUAGAAUAACAUAGGAACUGGUGAAGCUGGCGAGGCUGGGGGAGCUUUAGUGAAUCAGUUACAUAGAAUAACACAGGAACUGGUGAAGCUGGAGAGGCUGGGGGAGCUUUAGUGAAUCAGUUACAUAGAAUAACAUAGGAACUGGUGAAGCUGGAGAGGCUGGAGGGAGCUUUAGUGAAUCAGUUACACUGAAUAACAUAGGAACCGGUGAAGCUGGAGAGACCUGUUAGUGAGAAUCACAUGUGUUAUACAGAGAACAGUUUUUAAGAAGAGAGAUUUUUUAAACAACAACCUAUUGCAGACAACAGCAGCUGUUAUCAAAAGAGCCAAUAAUUCUAUUCACAGAGCUGGGUAAUACAGUUACACAGAUGUGUGUUUUAUACAGAGAGUUUCAAGUAAUAUGCACAAGCGUGUGCUUGCUAUACACAGAGCUGGGUAAUAUACAGAUGUGAAUGUUAUACAGAGAGUUGCAAGUAAUAUGCACAAGCGUGUGCUUGCUAUACACAGAGCUGGGUAAUAUACAGAUGUGAAUGUUAUACAGAGAGCUGCAAGUAAUAUGCACAAGUGUGUGCUUGCUAUACAAAGAGCUUUGUAAUAUACAGAUGUGCAUGUUAUACAGAGAGUUGCAAGUAAUAUGCACAAGCGUGUGCUUGCUAUACACAGAGCUGGGUAAUAUACAGAUGUGCAUGUUAUACAGAGAGUUGCAAGUAAUAUGCACAAGCGUGUGCUUGCUAUACACAGAGCUGGGUAAUACACAGACAUACCACAGGCAGCCAGCACAACAGAUCAGGAAUUUCUAUUUAUUUCCUCUUGUAAAAGAUUUAUUUGUAUUUUUUUUAUGUUUGACAAAUAAAUUUAAUUAAAACAAAAGAGAAAA